AUGGACGUCGCAGCACUGCGGGAGCGUGUUAAGAACACGCUGGACAUCAAUGCUGCCAUCCGCCAGCAAGCCGAGCUUGACCUCAAACACGCCGAAGAACAGCCCGGUUUCACAGACGCGCUGCUCAACGUGCUCGAGAACGAGCAGGAAGAUGCCAUCCGCCUGUCCACGUCCAUCUACCUCAAGAACCGCGUCUCCAAGGGCUGGUCGCCUGCCGAGGAGUUCAGCCAAGCGAAGCCCAUCCCCGAGGAGGAGAAGCAGUCCUUCAAGAGCCGUCUCGUGCCCGUCCUCGUCGCCUCUCAGCCGAACGUGCGCGCCCAACUUAUUCCUACCCUCCAGAAGGUCCUCGCCUACGACUUCCCCCAGAAGUGGCCCGACUUCCUGGAUAUCACUAUCCAACUGCUGAAUACAGGAGACGUUGCGUCAGUGUUUGCUGGUGUGCAGUGUUUGCUUGCGAUAUGCAAAAUCUACCGCUUCAAGUCGGGCGAGAACCGCGCCGAUUUCGAGAAGAUUGUGGCACUAUCAUUCCCCCAGCUUCUGAAUCUGGGCAACGGGUUGGCCAACGAGACGAGCCUGGAAGCCGGCGAAAUAUUGCGGACAGUGCUCAAGGUGUACAAGCAUGCGAUAUACUAUGAUCUCCCCGCUUCGUUGCGCGAACAGUCCGUCAUGGUGGGUUGGUGCACAUUGUUCCUAAAUGUUAUCAGCAAGGACCCGCCGGAGUGCGCCAUGUCCGAAGACGUCGAUGAGCGCGAAGUGAACCACUGGUGGAAGGCAAAGAAAUGGUCGUAUGCCAACUUGAACCGACUCUACGUCAGGUACGGCAACCCCGGAGGCCUGACCAAGAAUAACGACGUAGACUACACCGAAGUCGCCAAAUAUUUCAUCGCCAACUUUGCACCCGAAAUUCUCACGCGAUACCUGCAGCAAGUCGAGAAGUGGGUCAAAAAGGAGACGUGGUUAUCAAAGGCGAGCUUAUACUACACCCUCAACUUCCUAGACGAGUGCAUCAAGCCCAAGUCCAUGUGGAACCUGCUGAAGCCGCACACGGAUAACCUUAUUUCACAUUUGUUAUUCCCUGUGCUGUGCCAAACAGACGAGGACAUCGAACUGUUCGAGGACGAGCCGCAAGAGUAUUUGCACCGCAAACUCAACUUCUACGAAGAGGUCACCUCGCCAGAUGUUGCAGCCACUAACUUUUUGGUCACUCUAACAAAGAGUCGGAGAAAGCAGACUUACACCGUCCUUAACUUCAUCAACGGAAUCGUAAACCAAUACGAGGCGGCACCAGACAAUGAGAAGAACCCACGGGAAAAGGAGGGCGCAUUGCGCAUGAUUGGAACGCUCCCUGGCGUUCUCCUGUCGAAGAAAAGCCCCAUUGCCGAUCAGGUUGAGUACUUCUUUGUCCGCCACGUUUUCCCCGAAUUCCGAAGCCCUCACGGAUUCUUGCGAGCGCGCGCCUGCGACACGCUGGAGAAGUUCGAGCAACUCGAUUUUAAAGACCCCAAUAACCUCAUCAUUAUCUACCGUAAUAUCCUGGAGUCAAUGGCAGAUCCCACUCUCCCCGUCCGAGUUGCCGCCGCGUUGGCACUCCAACCUCUCAUCCGCCACGAUAUCAUCCGGACCAACAUGAAACAAAACAUUCCCCAAGUCAUGCAGCAGCUUCUGAAACUCGCAAACGAGGUUGACGUAGAUGCUCUUGCGAACGUUAUGGAGGAUUUCGUCGAGGUCUUUGCUCCCGAGCUCACGCCAUUCGCCGUGGCGCUCAGCGAACAGCUCCGAGAUACCUACCUCCGCAUAGUCGGCGAGUUGCUCUCUCGGAACCAAGAAAAGGGAGGAGAUGAUGAAUUUGGCGACUUCCUUGACGAGAAGAGCAUUACCGCCCUCGGUGUCCUGCAGACUAUCGGCACGCUCAUUCUUACAUUGGAGAGCACACCCGACGUUCUACUCCACCUCGAAACCAUAUUGAUGCCCGUCAUCACCAUCACAUUGGAGAAUAAGCUCUACGAUCUGUACAACGAGGUCUUCGAAAUCAUCGAUAGCUGCACAUUUGCCGCCAAGAGCAUUUCGUCGACCAUGUGGCAAGCAUUCGAGUUGAUUCAUCGGACAUUCAAGGCUGGCGCGGAGCUCUAUCUCGAAGACAUGCUGCCUGCGCUAGAGAACUUCGUCAACUAUGGUACAGCGACAUUGGUGCAGAACCGCCAGUACCUCGAUGCCAUAGUCGAUAUGGUCCGAACAAUCUUCAAGGACGACAAGGUCGGCGGCGUUGAUCGCAUUUGUGGAUGCAAGUUGGCAGAAAUUAUCAUGCUCAACAUGCGCGGCCACGUUGAUGAAUACGUGCCUGAGUUUAUCAACCUCACCAUGAACGUUCUAACGAACGACGAACUCAAAGUCAAGUCCCUUAGGAUACACCUGAUGGAAGUGGUCAUCAACGCGAUAUACUACAACCCUGUCUUGGCGCUACACGUUCUUGAGACGAAUGGCUGGACUAACAAGUUCUUUAGCCUAUGGUUCUCCACCAUCGACAGCUUCACCAGGGUGCAUGACAAGAAGCUGUGUAUUUCGGGUAUCUGCGCGCUCUUGACCCUCAAGGGCCAGGAUGUACCCGUCAGUGUCCAACAGGGCUGGCCUCGUCUCCUCCAAGGCAUCGUUCGCUUGUUCCAGACACUGCCCGCCGCUUUGAAGAACCGCGAAGAGGCUAAGAAGGAGGACAACUUCGAAUACGCGAACUACGAUGACGAAGAAGAAGACGAAGAAUGGGGUGACGAGAAUGAGUGGACCAACGAGCCCGAGGAGGCGGAAGACGUCAAGGACGAAAGCGCCGCUUACCUCGAAUUCCUGAACGAAGAAGCCCAGAAAUUCACCUCGGUCACCGAUGAUGAUGACGACGAGCUUGAGGAGGAGAGCCUUCUCGAGACGCCGCUUGACAAGGUUGAGCCGUACAGCAUGUUCAAGCAUGCAUUGAUGAGACUCCAACAAGAACAGCCUGCCCUUUACGAAAACCUCACCAAGAACCUAAACCCCGAAGAACAGCAGAUCGUCCAGGGCGCCGUCCACCAGGCCGAUGUCAUCGCCCAAGCUGCUGCUCAAGCCGCAGCUGCGGCAGCAGCCGGCACCCAGCCCAAUGGCGGUGCAGUAGCUGGACAAUAG